AUGUCCGUGGCACUUCCUGCAAUUGAUCUUCGGAAUGAGAUCCGUCAUGCAUACUCGUCUAGCGUGGGCUACAAGUCGUGUUUGUUUCCUGGAGAUAUUCAACUCUUGAUCGGUCGAUAUGAAGUUGUGGUGAUCCAAGGGGCUUGUGUAUCAAGAAAAUUUAUCUACGAAGAGCCCGUAGUCUCUGCCACGUAUACCACAUUCAACAGUAAGCCUGGCGUGGGCGUGGUGUCACAAGCUGUGCCCACAAUUGGGGGGAAGCUGAUCCCAAUAUCACUUGCUAGAGAGGAUGAAAAUAGCGCCAAUGCCAAACUUGCCCUUGUGGUGUGUCUUCGUAAGGCUGCUCAUAUAUAUUACAAAGAUGGCCGAUCAUACGUGGUGAGCUUACCCUUUACGCUUAAGCUGGUAUUCCCGUUUGAUUUUGGUCUUAUCUUGGAAAAGGAACCUCUGCCAAUAUCAGGAGGUCCUCAUCAACCAGCAGCACUCCAACAGGCAAAGUUUCUCACGUUGGUAGAUCCCAUAGGGGAGUUUAGGCUUGUAACAACUUCCUCCACCUCGGUCGUAUCAGCACAGGAGGAACUUGUGGCGUUCCGGAGAAGUGGAUUGGCUCGUGGAGGUUCAUCCAUGUUGUGUGCCACUUACAACCGUACUGAUGGUACCGUCGUGUUAUACCAUGCCAAAUCUUCUACCCGAGGAAAUGGACAAAGACAAAAAUUAGCAUUGAACCAACUGAAUCGAUCUACGUACAAAAGGAAACCAUCGCUAUUAUCGGCCCCUAAAGUAGUGAUUGAGGACGAUGAAGAUAUGGACCACCAACAACAACUAUUACAACCGUUGUCUCAUCCAUUGCAGCCGCAACAACACCAAAGUUUACAGCUGCAACAACAUUUACAACCCCAACAACACCCUUCCCAGAACCUAGUACUGCUGCUGCUGCUGCUGCUGCAACAACAUCCACAACAACUGCAACAACACAUCCCUUCUAUCAACAUGGAGAAAAAACGUACCAGUACACUUUUAUCAGACAUAUCAUCCAUUGCUAGAAUGGGGUCAGAACCAGGAUUUCCAGAUCAACAUUCAUCUACACGAAAUGAUUCUACACUUCGGAAAGAUCUCAUUUUGACGCGUUUAGAUACAUUCUCCGUUAAGCCACUGGGAAUACAUACUCUUCAGUUUGAAGACCAAGAAGCCUUGGUCAUACUGUCUGAAAGUAAAACUCAAGUAUAUAUUUAUCGCCAACAACCUUCUCACAUCUAUCGGUAUCAACUGUGCUACACCCUUGACUACUCCAUAUGUAUACCACUUGAAAAUAAUUCACACCAAGGGUGGUUGGUGGUAUUAACAUCGCCAUCGUCCAUCAAGUUGGUCAACCCAUUCUUGGAGAUUGAAUCUAUAGACUUACAGUUCCAAGCUGGUAGCUUCCCCGCCAUUCAUUCCCUCCAAAGCUCAUGUGGUUCUGAUGUAUCUAUGAAGUCUGAAUCUGGAAAAUCUUACAUAUUGAGGUUAGUUCUUGAACCUUCAAGCACUUUGGUUACCAUGUGUUUGAAAUGCUUUCGAUAUCUUUCAGGUUCCAAAAUUAGGGAAACUUUAUGGAUGCUAUGGUGCCUGGCCAUGACUUUGGAUGAACUGAAAGAUGAAUGGAAUGCGUUUAUUAUAAUGCUAUUAAGUAUCAUAUACCCUAUGUCCAACCUUUCAAGCUCUAACGAAACUCCAAUCACCAAACUUUUACCAGCAGCCAAGAUUUUACACGAAACAGCAUCUUUCCAAUAUUCAUUUGGUGAUUUAGCUCCCUUUAUCGUACUUUCAUUGCAUCUAGUUCAAGAAGAAUUAAAGCUAGAUGCCUUAAGUGGUCAUAAUUUGUCAAAGCUCGGGCAACUUCUCACUCAAUUAACAACAUGGAUGGGGUGGUCGGAAAUGUGGACCUCUUAUUACAUGAUAGACAAUGAUUUGAUAGACAAUUCAGUGCAAUUUCUUCUGGUGUCCAUCUUGGAGUCACCCCCUAAUAUUUUAGAGUCAUUAUGUAGUUUAUUUGGAGGAAAGAUUAUCAGGUAUGUGACCUUUCUGCAACUUGUUGAAGAAGAUGAAUCUGUCGAUCGGUUAAUUACACCGAAAACUUAUUAUAUUUUGAGAUUAUUUGAAGUGUUAGUGUCUCCUCAUUAUGGCCCAAAUGAAUUGGUGGAUAUGAUGUGUGAAUACGGAAUAUCAUCUAGUGAUUUAGAGUUAUACCCACCUGGGAUAUAUCUACCAUUGAAAGAAGUUAUUCUGCACUGUCAAGAACGACCAGCGUUUGAAUGGACCAGCGAGGCAUUAGAAUUGGUGGGGAGAAGAGAUUUAAGCAGGUUUCUAGAAACAGAAUAUAAUAGAGAUAUCGGGAGUAAUAAAGGGGUAACAGGAGGCGCUCUGGCAGAACCUUCAAACACGUUCCCUUCGAUCCAGCACAUCUUAAGCAAUGUCUUCGAUAAGAAUGAAUCGAUAACUGCUUGGGAUGGACAAGCUGAAGCAGAUAGAAUUAGUAUCACCAAGUUGAUAUUUGAUUAUGAUCGAAGAUUUUACGAAAUUACCACGUUACUACAUCAAACCAAGGUUCAAACUGCAAGUUUAAAAGGUCAAGAAGUUUCAUUAAAUGAAUAUGACAUUGUUGUUUUACAAAGAGAACUAGCUGCAUUAGUAGCAUUACGAACGCUAACCAUUCCGUUGGGCCGUGCUGCAUUAUUCUAUUCUAGUCGUAUGCCAUUAAUGACAGAGAAGUUUCCUAUUCCUAAAUUCAACUUCAACACUCUAAUUUCACCUUCCAUGGCAACAAUUGUUCUCUCCAAAGAUUCACUUAACGAGAAUACCAGCGAAUGGGGGUACUUCCAUAAUGGCGUAUCUUCAGGUCUAAUGGUGAGUCCCGAGUCUAAGGGGAUCAGUGGUCUGUGGAUAAUAUUCAAUAAACCCCCAGAAUUAAACUCACAACAUGCCGGGUUUUUACUUGGAUUAGGACUCAAUGGGCACUUGAAGAAAUUAGAGGAAUGGCACAUAUAUAAUUAUUUGGGGCCUAAACACCCUUUAACGAGUGUUGGGCUUUUAAUUGGGAUGGCUGCAAGUUUACGAGGAACCAUGGACAAUAAAUUAACUAAAGUUUUAUCUGUGCACGCAGUCGCUUUAUUACCGCAAGGUGCAAAUGAUUUGAAUGUUCCAAUAAUUGUUCAGACAGCGGGACUUAUAGGUAUCGGCUUAUUAUAUCUUGCCACUCAACAUAGAAGAAUGAGUGAAGUCUUGUUGUUACAAGUUACCGGAUCAGUUUCACAAAAUGAUUCAGAACAAAUUCAUGAAGGUUACCGACUUGCAGCUGGGAUUGCACUUGGAUUUGUUAAUUUAGGAAAGGGAAACGAUCUCAAAGGGUUAGGUGAUACUCAUGUUAUUGAUAAGUUAUUAGCACUUGCAACGUCAAUGAAGGAUUUUCAAACAUCGCAAGAACUUGAUAAAUCUUGUUGCGGUGCAGUUAUGGCUUUAGGUUUUAUUUAUAUGAAAACUGGACAAGUAUCCAUUGCGAACAAGUUAACUGUACCGGAGACUGAAAGGCUUCUUGACUACAUUCGACCAGACUUGUUACUUCUUAGAUGUAUGGCCAGAAAUAUAAUCAUGUGGGAUCAGACAGGUGAUAGUAUUGAAUGGGUUGAGUCUGAAAUCCCAAUAUGUUUGAGAGAAAAAUACAUGACAAUUGAUGGGUUAAAUGAAUUGAAUAGUGAUCAAUUGGCAUUUUUCAACGUAUUAGGAGGAAUUUGCAUGGCUUUAGCUGUGAAAAAUGCAUCCAGCCAAAGUAAAAUGGCAAGAGAUACUCUAUUACAUUUCUUGGAUUUGAUGAUGGAAGUACUGGCCAGGUCAGCUAAAAAUUAUGACGAAAAGAUUGCACAACAUAGUGCUAUUAGUAUUCGUAACCUAUUGGCAUUAUGCGUUUCGGUAGUAAUGGCUGGAAGUGGUGACUUAGAGACAUUCCGUAGAUUGAGAAUUCUCCAUGGGGAUACUAGUAAAGAAAUGGAAUAUGGAAGUUAUAUGGCGAUCAACAUGGCAUUAGGAUUCUUAUUUCUUGGAGGGGGUCAAUAUGCAUUUUCCACAUCACAUUUCAGUAUUGCAUGUCUAGUCACUUCAAUGUAUCCAGUAUUCCCAUCUUCCAAUAGCGAUUACGAAGUCCAUUUACAAGCAAUGCGUCAUUUCUGGGCUCUUGCAGUGGAACCCAGAUGUUUGGUAAUCCGAGACGUGACAUCAAAUUUACCAUGCAAAGUUCCAAUAGAAAUCCACAAGAGUAACGGAGAUGUCAUUGAAACUAAUUCUCCAUGUUUACUCCCUCCAUUCCGAGAGAUUCUGCAAAUAAAGGUUAGUUCCAAUAACCACUUUGAAGUUACAAUUGAUUUCUUUUUAAAUUCAUCAUAUUUGGAAAAUUUCAAGAAAACUUUUACGAUUUUCGUUUAUAGAAGAAGAAAUCAUCAACUCCUCGAGGCAUCAGUUGGACUGCUUCUUAAAAAUGAAAACCAAGCAUUACAAGUUGCCAAUGGUGAGAUUGCGAUCAAUUCUGAUCUUUCUAUGAUUGGUCAAUUAGAAGUGUUAAAACAGAGUUUAGACGAAUUUGAACGGAAAGUUUUACUCUACGAAAGUAAUAUGAUUAGAGGAGAUGAAGAUUCAGAUAAUUCAAUGUUUUCCAUGUUUAAUGUGGUUGAUAACAAGAUUGAACUUGCUCAAUUAGCAUUGAAACCUAGAACUGUUAAUGAUUUAUGGAAUUUAAGACUUAUAUUUGCAUUCAGUGAAACAGGGAAAAUGAGUUAUGUAUCUCAUAGAUAUGUUGACAAUUUAAGAAAGAGGAUGUUUAGGAAGAGUUAA